AUGAUGAUGCUCUGCUCUGACACUGAGACAACCCCAGACACCGAUAGGGAACUUGUACAUGUAAAAACGGAACAGAGUAAAACCUCACCGGAGGAAAAAUCACUAUGGCUGGCCAGAGGCUGCACAAAAACCGACGAUUUGUGGCGAAGUCCGGAUGGCCGUAUUGUGCUACCACCUGGAGUAAAAAACAUAGCACUAACUGAGGCGCACGGAGUGGGACAUAUCGGGGCUGUACAGAUGCAGAGAAACCUCGAAAAUUGGUGGCACCCAUUUUUGAAAGAUAUGUGUAAAUAUCAUGUACAUACUUGCUCUGAAUGCACAAUGUAUAAUGCACGACCAACAGUCAGACCGCAUCCUGGACGUUUCCCUCUCGAGACGAAAACAGGGAAAGAAAUCAUCAUAGAUUACACAGAUAUGGUGAACUCAGUAAAAGGAUACAGGUAUAUGUUGGUAUGUGUGGAUGCGUAUUCAGGUUGGCCAGAGGUACUCCCUACAAAAAGGGAAGACAGUAAGACAGUGGUGAAGUUGUUGGUAAACCAGUAUAUCCCCAGACAUGGUUUUCCUGAGAAAAUCCGAUCAGAUAAUGGUACACAUUUCAAAAACCAUGAUCUGCAAAAGGUUGAAGAAAUGCUGGGGUUGAAAAACAAGUUUGGUUCGGUCUACCACCCACAAUCCCAAGGAAAGGUUGAAAGAAUGAACCAAACACUCAAAUCUAAAUUGUCAAAAAUCUGUGCACUGACCAAAAUGAAUUGGCUAGAUGCGCUACCCCUUGCCCUCAUGUCUGUUCGAAGCUCAAUAAACCAAAGCACGGCCUUUACUCCCUUUGAGCUGACCACAGGCAGGAGGUUUCCAGGGCCCCAGUCCAAGCUUAUUGGACUCAAAGGUGAUGAUCAGUCAUUAACCCACACGCAGUAUUUCCAUGCUUUACAAGCCCUUGUUGCAGAGUAUGCCAAGCAGGUGGGGGAGAGAAACAAGGAAGACACAGCGGCCCCACCAAGCACAGAGUGGGUCCUACUGAAGGUGCUCAAGCGAAAGUGGACCGAACCCAGGUGGACGGGUCCAUAUCGAGUGACUGAACGCACCUCGCAUGCUGUUCGGCUGAACAGCAAGGGAGACACGUGGUUCCACUGGAGCCAGUGUGCAGCGGCGGACGCCCCUGCACGCACGUUGGGAGAGACACGUACCGAGUUACGUGAACAACAACAACGGGAGAAGACCACCAAUAAACAAGGGGCAGAAUAAUCCCCUGGUGGCAUCAGGGUGAGGUAGUCUACCCAAAAUCCCUGUGGGAGGAGGUGAAAUAGCGCUCCUCUCCUACACGUGGUGUGCCAAACCACCAACCAGAUUCGUCGAGGGACCAAGAAGAUCAUGACAACCAUCGACCUCCUUAUUCUCUGUUGGUUUGGGGUACUCAUGGUCUUUCUUUGGGCCCUGAUACGUCUGUCCAUCACGGGUACAACUCAAGUUUAAGGUGCCACUAAGUAUUAGUACUUAGUCGAAUUUUCACAUAUUAUACGAUGUUUUGAUUUGUGAUCUCUUUAAUAGAGAUCAAAAGGGGGAUUAAUGAGUGUACAAGGCCUCAUGUCUCAGAGUACAGAGUGUACCAAAUAAAACAGGAAACGUCCUGACCUCAAUUUGACUCAGUGUGCCAAACACUGCACAUACAGGAAACAGAUACUUGAGCAACAACGAGCAUAACAGGAAAUCAAUAGUAGUUCAGCAUAAUUAUCCCUAGACACGAGACACAUAGCAACAGACGUCAGUCAGUAGACUGACCAAUCAGACAACUACUGGCACAGUAUAUAAGCUGCUGCACAGCAAACUCUCAUGAUAUCGCUUUGGGUUUUACUGGUACUACUGUUCAAGUGUACUGUACGAUCUCCGCUCUCUGCAGAUUGCGUUCAAUAAAAUACUUCUA